GAAACAGACCUCCGAUUCUCUCUAUUUCCACAUCUCCGGUUCCGAUGAAGAACCGACGGCCAUGAUGUGAAAGUACGCAUGAACUUUAAGCUACUGCAUCAGUUUCUCCUUCUACCUCCAAUUUUCCGGCAUUUCCUGUGAUUCGAGAAAUCGGAAUUUUAGGGAAGUCCUGGUCGGAGCAAUUAGGAGCCAGCCAUGAAACUGCUGCAUAAGCAAACAAGUGUGAACCCCCGGCGAGACGAGGAGCUUCUUCUACCCCGUACGCCGCCGUACCCUCCAAAAACACUCAAGCAUCCCAGAUCUCUUCCCAGAUCCAUCAACUACCUAUUCAAAGAGCAGCGCCUUCUGUUCAUCCUCGUCGGGAUAUUGAUUGGGUCCACGUUCUUUGUUCUCCAGCCUACUGUCUCUCGUCUGGGUCCUUCUGAUGUUCGUUCGAUGAUCCGCGAGGGAAUUUCAGCUGGUACCAUCGCUCACAACCAAGAGUCCCGAUACUCCGGUGGGAAGUUGCUUUCUCCGUAUGGGAAGGUGGGAAGGGUUGCGGCAGGGAUUGGACGGCGGAGAUUGAGGAUCGUGGUAACUGGUGGUGCUGGGUUCGUGGGGAGUCAUCUUGUGGAUAAGCUCAUUGGAAGGGGUGAUGAAGUGAUAGUCAUUGAUAAUUUUUUCACUGGGAGGAAGGAAAAUUUGGUGCAUCUUUUUGGGAAUCCAAGGUUCGAGCUCAUUCGACAUGAUGUCGUCGACCCUAUUCUCUUGGAGGUGGAUCAGAUCUAUCACUUGGCUUGUCCUGCGUCUCCCGUCCAUUACAAGUAUAAUCCGGUCAAGACUAUCAUAUCCUUCCUGCAUUUACUGUUUAUCACUAUUACAAAUGUGAUGGGUACUCUUAAUAUGUUGGGGCUUGCAAAGAGAGUUGGGGCAAGGUUUCUGCUUACGAGCACAAGUGAGGUUUAUGGUGACCCACUUGAGCACCCACAGAAAGAGACAUACUGGGGGCAUGUCAAUCCGAUAGGUGAGAGGAGCUGCUACGACGAAGGAAAAAGGACAGCUGAAACCUUAACAAUGGAUUAUCAUAGAGGUGCAGGAGUUGAGGUGAGAAUUGCUCGCAUUUUUAACACAUAUGGGCCUCGCAUGUGUUUGGAUGAUGGACGCGUUGUUAGCAAUUUUGUUGCCCAGGGCAUUCGCAAGCAACCAAUGACUGUUUAUGGUGAUGGGAAACAAACACGAAGCUUCCAAUAUGUUUCUGAUUUGGUGGAUGGCUUAGUAGCUUUGAUGGAAGGUGAGCACAUAGGACCCUUCAAUCUGGGUAAUCCAGGAGAGUUCACCAUGCUUGAGCUUGCUGAGGUUGUCAAGGAAACUAUUGAUCCAAGUGCAACUAUAGAAUUCAGACCGAAUACUGCAGAUGAUCCACAUAAGAGAAAACCAGAUAUUAGCAAAGCAAAGGAGCUUCUGAACUGGGAGCCAAAAAUCUCCCUGAGAGAGGGGUUGCCCCUCAUGGUUAGUGAUUUCCAAAAUCGCAUUCUGAAUGAAGAUGCAGCCAAAGGGCUUUAGAUGAAAAGGGCAGCACAAGUAUGUAUAGUGUGAGGGGCAUCUGUAUUUUGUUUAGUCAUUUUAUUCUUAUCAUUCCUAUCCUACAUUACCCGAUAAAAUAUAACAGUCCAACACUCUGUGCUCAGGUUAUCAACACGAAAUCUAUAAUUUUUUGUUGAGUUUCUGCUGUUCCUUAAAGCUCCCUUGUCUUAAAUAGACAGUUUUUGUUAUCACUUGAAAGUCUAGAGAAAUAUUAUAGCAGUUUCUGAGGUGCUGUCUUGCCGUAGUAAAUCAUGUGUGGUUCGGGUUAAGCUGAGUGAGUCACCUUAACAAGCUGCGCUUGAGCUUGGUAAGCACAUAUUUUUUAAGUUACUCUUUCUUCUAGUAGCAAUAAAAUUAUAAACAGUUU